AUGGCUGAAAAGCAGACCAAAAAAAAGAACAAAAUAGUUGGCAAUGAAAAAAAUGUAGAGGGUGAAGCAGGUGGAGAGGCUGCAACAGAGAAUUUGGAAUUUCCUGAGCUGGGGCCUUUUGAAACAAUUACAGGGCAACGCAUGCCAUCCGCUUUCUUCAAAUUCCAUUUCAAAAACGUAGAAUAUUCUUCAGGGCGGCACAAAACUUUUUUGUGCUAUUCAGUAGAGAAACAGGGCAAGGAAUGUGAGAGGUCAGAGGGCUAUGUGGAGGAUGAGCAUGCAGGCACACAUGCAGAAAAAGCCUUCUUUACAGAUAUCUUCACAGAGUGUGAUGGGAGCCUGAGAUAUUCCAUUAUUUGGUACGUGUCCUCCAGCCCUUGCACGGUGUGUGCUGCCAAAAUCGCUGAGUACCUCAGCAAGUGCCCCAACGUGGAGCUCACCAUCUUCAUGGCACGCUUGUUCAUGUGGGAAGAGGCUGAAAUCCAUCAGGGCCUCCGGCAACUGCAAGCAGCUGGCUGCCGAUUGAGGAUCAUGAAGGGUCCAGAGUAUAAUUACUGCUGGAACACCUAUGUUGACAACGAGGGGGAGGCUUUCACACCUUGGGAAGACCUUCAAGACAGCUGCACGUUCUAUGAAGAAAAACUACAUGACAUUCUACAACAUGCCUGA